CUGCCUGAUCCUAGUCAACACCGAAGAGAGUUCGGCGCGACUGUCAUUAAUCGCGCGGCUCAUCCGCCUUCCCUGUUUGCUUUAUUCGGCCUUAUUACUAAGAUGCACUGGAGAUGGUAGCUCUGGUGCCAGAGAUCAGGAAUAUGGGCCCUCUCCACCGAGUAGAGUUUGCGUAUGGUAACGACGAUCACAGAUGCAUGAACGUUUGACGUCUUCUAUCUCUCGCUUUUUAUGCUUUCUUUCUUUCUUUCCUUCCAUCGAUAAUUGACCCUCUACAAUCCAAACAAUCAUGGCCAACAACGAGCGACAGUGGUGGAAAGAAGCCAUCGUAUAUCAAGUCUACCCAUUCUCCUUCAAAGACACCACAGGGAAUGGCAUAGGAGAUCUGAAUGGCAUCACCUCCAAGCUCACCUACCUGCGCGACCUCGGAGUCGAUGUCAUCUGGCUGAGCCCCAUCUACGCAUCUCCCAUGAAGGAUCAAGGCUACGACAUUUCCGACUACCGCGCCAUCAACCCCGACCUGGGCACGAUGGCGGAUUUCGACAAUCUAGUCGCGGAAGCGCAUCGGAUAGGGCUGAAAGUGGUGAUGGAUCUCGUUGUCAACCAUACGUCGGAUCAACAUGCGUGGUUCCAGGACAGCAAGGCUGGUGGUGAGAAGCGGGACUGGUAUAUCUGGAAACCGGCGAAAAUUGGUACAGACGGCCAAAAAGAGGAACCCAACAAUUGGGGUGCCAUCUUUGGCGGCUCUUGUUGGGAAUGGUCUCCUGAGCGUCAAGAGUACUACCUACACGUGUUCGACGUCUCUCAGCCUGAUUUGAACUGGGAGAACCCGGACGUCCGCACCGCAGUCUGGGACAUCAUGGAGUUCUGGCUGGAGAAGGGCUGCGACGGCUUCCGCAUGGACGUAAUCAACUGCAUCUCCAAAGACCCCGGCUUCCCCGACGUGCCCAUCCUCGACGAAUCCCAGAAAUUCCAAUACGGGCUCAAAUCGCGCUUCAACGGACCGCAAGUCAUCCCAUACCUGACCGAAAUGUACGACAAGGUGAUUUCAAAACGGCAGCCUGCCAUCUUCACAGUAGGCGAAACGCCCGGCGUGGCGACGCCUCAGGAAGCCAUUGAAUACCUGCAAGCCGGCCGGCCUCUGCAGAUGCUCUUCCACUUCGAGCACAUGUACAUCGACCACCAGCCGGGCAAGACCUGCUUCUACAAGCGGGAGUGGGCCUUGACGGAACUCAAGGCGAUUCUGGGAGGCUUCAUGACGUACAUGCAAGACCAUGACGGCUGGGACAGUCUCUACCUUGAGAACCAUGACCAGCCGCGUAUCGUGUCUCGUUGGGCGGACGACGGCGAUGACACGCUUAGGGAGAGGGCGGCCAAGAUGCUCGCCUUGUUCCAUGUCACCGGUCGGGGCACAGUCUUCAUCUACCAAGGCCAGGAAAUCGGAAUGGCGAAUGCAAAGCAGUGGACUUUCGACGAACUGCGGGACGUCGAGCAAAUCAACCACUACAACACCAUCAAAGCUACUCGACCCGAGGGCGCAGAUAUGAGCGAUGUCUUGGCCGAUAUCCAGCGAAUCGGACGAGACAACUCGCGCUUGCCCAUUUCUUGGGACGCUUCGCGGAAUGCGGGCUUUACUUCGGGGACGCCGUGGAUCAAAGUCAACGAAGACUACCAGACUUGGAAUGUGGCUUCUCAGGAGGGCAAGAAGGGCAGCGUGCUGAGUUUUUGGCAGCAGUUGUUGAAACUCCGCAAGAGUGAGCCUACUCUCGUUUACGGCAGGUUUGAGCUGGUCGAUGAAGCGUCGGAGGAUGUGUACGCCUAUACCAGAAGCGAUGCUGAUGGUGUGUUCCUGGUCGUGUGCUCGUUCAAAUCAAAGGAAGUGUCGUGGAACUGUCCUAUUGAGGCAAAAGGCAAGCUGAUCAUGUCGAAUUACGAUGUGCAGGAAGGAGACGGAAAAAUGUCGUUGAAGCCAUACGAAUGUCGCUUAUAUCGCAGAUAGAA